AUGUUUAACCUAGGAAAUAUAAACAACCAAGAAUGUCCAGAGUCAACUCUAGAAGAAAUAGACUUACAAAUAAAGAAUCUGAAAAACAAUAAGUCUCCAGGCAAAAAUGGUUUCCAGGCUGAAUUACUUAAAAAAGGAAGGGAGGACGUGACACAAUGGAUCUGGCAAGUGAUUAAAAAAAUAUGGGUAAGGGAAGAAUUUCCAGAAGAUUGGAAAACGUCCCUAAUCUGCCCAAUACACAAAAAAGGAAAUAAACAAGACCAUAAUAAUUAUAGGGGAAUUGCCCUACUGAAUGUGGCAUACAAAGUUUUCUCAAAUUGUAUUCUAACAAGAAUAAAAGAAAAUGCAGAACAGACAAUUGGUGAAUAUCAAGAUGGUUUUAGACUGGGGAAGUCUACUGGGGACCAAAUAUUUAUUAUUAGACAAUUAUAUCAAAAAACGUAGGAAUUUGAUAGGGAGAUACAUACUUGACUUCAAAAAAGCAUACGACAGUAUUCAUAGGGAAAGUCUCAUAAAUAUUCUGAAAGAGUUCCAUUUUCCCCAGAAGCUGGUCAAUCUAGUGUCAAUCAGCAUCAUGGAAACGGUCAAAAUAAAAGUCGGAAAUAUGAAGUCUGAUCCAGUUACAGUAAAAUCCGGCCUUAUACAGGGUGAUUCCAUCUCACCUAUUCUCUUCAACCUGGUAUUGGAAAAAGUAAUAAGAGGGAUGAAAAUUGAACCCCAUGAAGGAAUAAAACUCCGGAACUCGACUAUUCCAUUAUUGGCAUAUGCUGAUGAUAUAGUACAGAUGGGCGAAUCUCAAGCUGAAGUUAAAGGGCUCUGUGACAGACUUAAUGACGCAGCACAGAAAGUAGGACUACAAAUUAAUGAACAAAAAACUGAAUAUAUGAUUAUAGGUAGACAAAAUUGGAUGGAUCACGUUUUAGAGGUAGAUCAUUUUAAAUUUAAGAGAGUCAAUUCUUUCAAACAUCUUGGCUCAAUUGUGACUGAAAAAAAUGAUAUCACCAAGGAAGUAGCCAUGAGAAUCCAAGCGGGAAACAGGACUUAUUAUGGUNAUCUUCGGUCCAAUAAAAGAUAA